UUCCUAAUUCGUCAUGAGUCAUGGACAGUUAAUUUAGAUUGGAUGAAAAUUUUCACUUAUAACUUUAAUAUAAAAAGCUUAAGAUUCUUCUAUAUUUAUUGAAGACAUAUAAUAAUAGAUUCCUCUCUCUAUAAUGAUGGCUGUUAAAACAAUUACUUCAAAAAGAUUCAUUUCAGGUACUACCGCAUUAAAAUCGGCUCCUCGCCAUUUAGUGAGUAUUUCUCAUUUAACUAAUGAUGAAUUUGGAUCAUUAGUUUCAAAAGCUGAAAAGUUUAAAAAAAUAGUUAAAUCAGGUGAAACUUCUAUUGAAAAUCAUCAAAAAUUAUUAGGAAAAUUAGUAGCAUUAUUAUUUACUAAACGUUCAACUAGAACUAGAAUUAGUUCUGAAGGUGCAGCAGCAUUUUUUGGUGCACAACCAAUGUUCUUAGGUAAAGAUGAUAUUCAAUUAGGAGUUAAUGAAUCUGUAUAUGAUACCACUAGAGUUAUAAGUUCUAUGACAUCUUGUAUUUUUGCAAGAGUUGAUAAACAUCAAGAUAUUUUGGAUUUAGCUAAAGAUUCUUCAGUACCUAUUAUAAAUUCAUUAUGUGAUAAAUAUCAUCCAUUACAAUCUAUUGCUGAUCUUUUAACUAUAAAGGAAACUUUUGGAUCUACUCAAGGUUUAAAAUUAACUUGGAUAGGUGAUGCUAAUAAUGUUAUUAAUGAUUUAGCUAUUGCUUCUUUAAGAUCAGGAAUAAAUGUUUCAAUUGCUAUACCAAAAGGUAUUGAAUUUGAUUCUGAUGUUAAAAUUUUAGCUGAAAAAUUAGCUAAAGAUUCUAAUUUAACUUUUGAAAUUGUCAAUGAUCCUGUACAAGCUUUACCAAAUGCCAAUAUAAUUGUUACUGAUACAUGGAUAUCAAUGGGUGAAGAAUCUCAAAAAGUUGCUAAAUUAAAACAAUUUGCUGGUUAUCAAAUAACUCAAGAUUUACUUAAAGCUGGUAAAGUUGCUUCCAAUUGGAAAUUUAUGCAUUGUUUACCAAGACAUCAAGAAGAAGUUGCUGAUGAUGUAUUUUAUAGUGAAAAUUCUGUAGUAUUUGAAGAAGCUGAAAAUCGGUUAUAUGCAGCUAUGGCAGCUCUUGAAGGAUUUGUCAUUAACAAGGGUGAUUUGUUAAAGAAUUAAUGAAAUGUUAAAUUAAAUAAUAUCUAUAUACACUAUUAUAAUGUUCAAUAUAAGUGAAUGAAAGCUAAAUCAUAAAUUUUGCAG